ACAAGCAGACUCAGUCGAAGCAAAUGGCUAAAUGGACCGUCAGUCGAAGCCCGUUUUCUGCAGCUGGGCAAGCAAGCUGUCGAUCAAAGCUCAUUUUUGUGCAAAUGGCCAAGCAGACUGCCAUUCAAAGCCCAUUUCCUGCAGCUGGCUGAAGCAGAAGCCAAAAUACAGUGAAGGCGGGACUUGGCCCCAUGAUUUAUUAAGGCAUGCCUACAGCUGUGAGUCACAAGUUGCUGAUGGAAGUUUCUUGCAACUGAAGAUUUUCCUUGAAGAAAGGCUGUGUUUGCAAAUCCUUCAUCUUUCUUUCCCCUUUCUUUUCUCUGUCUCUUCCAGCAAAGCGAUGGCCGAGCAAGGCUCCAUGCCCACCGGUGGCAGUGGCACAUCCUCGCCCACGGCUACCAUGAAGGAGGAGCUGCUCUGCCCCAUCUGCUACGAACCCUUCAAGGAUGCAGCCACCCUUUGCUGUGGGCACAACUUCUGCAAGGGCUGUGUGACCCGCUCCUGGGAAGGCCAGAGCCGGGCCCACGUCUGCCCUGUGUGCAAGGCAGCCUGCGUCCCCGAGGACCUGCGCACCAACCACACCUUGGUCAACAUUGUGGAGAUGUUCCUCAAGCAGGAGGAGAGGCAGCAGCAGAAGAGGAAGGCCGAGGAGGGGUCCACCAACCUCUGCCCUUUGCACCAGGAGGAGGCCAAGCUGUUCUGCCUGGACGACAAGCUGCCGGUCUGCUUCGUGUGCCAAGGUGCCAAAGAGCACGCUGACCAUACCAUCAGGCCCGUGGCUGAGGUGGUCAAGACCUGCAAGGACAAAUGUAAGGAUAUGGAGAAUGCCAUGCAUGACAAAAUCAAGGAUUUUGCAAGAAUGCAAUUUGACUAUACACUCAUUGGAAACCACAAUAAGGCGGAAGGCGUCCGGCUGCAAAAGGAGAUUAAAAGGCAGUUCCAGGAGCUGCACGACUUCCUGUGGAACGAAGAGAAGGUGAUGCUGGAGGCGCUGCAAGAGGAGACCCAGAGGAAACAGCAGCUGGUUGAAGACAAAAUCAAAAAGCUGAAGGAGGAGAGUGACAUCCUGCUGCAAGAAGUUGGCCAGCUCCAAGCUGACAUGAAGGUUGAUGACGUCUCCUUCCUCAAGAAACACAAAAGCCGGAAGCGCAGAAUUGCAUGGACCAUUGAGAAGCCGGAAGCAAUCCCAUCAGGUACCCUGAUAGAAAUGACAAAAUACUUGGAUUCCUUACAGUAUACGGUUUGGAAGAAAAUGCUGGAUAUCAUCAAAGUUGUCCCAUUCAGUUUCGACCCGAACACUUCCACUGGUUGGCUGGAGGUUUCCGACGACCUCUCCAGUAUCAGCGCCUGCACGUACAAGCUGAUGGUGGAGGUCCCGGAGAGCUUCUCCAACAGCAUGCCCUGCGUUCUGGGCUCGAGGAGUUUCACUGGAGGGCCCCACGCGUGGGAGGUCGACGUGGGCAGCAACGAGUACUGGUACAUGGGUGUGGCCCGCAAGACUGGCGGCCAUUACUGGAGCAUCGGGUGCGAAUCCCGCCUGGGCUCCGUGUACGUGUACCGCAUGCAAGGCAUCGGCAGCAAGAGCCUCUCCUCCAAGUCGGUGCUGUCCAACUCAGGGUGCUGGAAGGACUUGAAGCGGCUGAGGGUGGAGCUGGACUGCAACGAAGGGGAGCUUUCCUUCUACAAUGCCGAAGGCAGGGACCACAUCUAUACUUUCCACGACAUAUUUGGGGAAGUUUUCCCGUACUUCGGCCUCCGCGCCUCUGAUGCGUCCAAACCUCUGAACGAACCGUUCCAGAUCUGCCCGCUUCAGGUCCGCAUCAAAGCGGACUAUCCCAACUGACGAAACCUCCCUCUUUAAUUAAUCCUUUGUCAUAUUAU